CAGAAAAACGCACCCACACAAAUGAACCAACACAACUCCAAACUACACUUUAUAUUGGGUGUCAGGUACGGUGUGAGAGCACUACUGGACUUCAAGUUGGAGAAAAAUGAAAGAUUGGUCCUGGGAUUCCGGCGGUUCGAGGCACCUAUACAAUGCUGCUUUGUUUACCACGACUGGAUGACAACAGCAGAAGAUCGCAUAGUGCUAUCCGCAUAGUGCUAUCCGUGAUCAUCACCGCCGUCUCGCGUCAUACACACAAAAGCCCAGAGAAUUUAUACACCGGUGAAUUGACCUACAAUGAGUUUAAGGAGAACAUGCUGCAACGCUUUGACCCGGACGCACCGGCCAAUCUAAGGACGCCUCUACCACCUCCAAAGAGCGAUCGGCAGACAGAACUAGACGCGGAGAUGGAGCGCUUAAGUGAACUAAAGAAAAAGUAGGCUGAGGAAGGCGAGCAGAUGGAGAAAGAGCGGUGGAAAAUGGAAGGAGAGCGAACAGAGCUGGUACGGAAAGACAUGGAAGAAAUAAAAGCAAGCAUUAGUACAAAAUUUAGAAACCACAAGGUCGAGAUCUCGUAUGAACCAAACCGGCUUAUAUCGUACGACAGAGACCAAUUCCCCACCGACUCGCGGAAGGUCAUCGCCUGGCUGUUGAAUAUGGGAAUGGGUUGCAUAGGGAUAAUAUUAU